AUGGCGACGCCGUUGGCGGUAAAUUCGGCUGCUAGUCUGUGGGGUCCUUACAAAGACAUUUGGCAAACGGUGGGAAAUGCUCUUUGGAAAAGACAACCGGAAGCUGUUCACCUGCUUGACAUGGUUCUGAAGAAACAUAAACCGGACUUCAUCUCAUUGUUCAAAAAUCCACCAAAGCAUGUUCAACAACAUGAGAAGGUUCAGAAGGCCAGUAUGGAGGGAGUUGCCAUCCAAGGCCAGCAGGGGACCCGACUUCUUCCAGAACAGCUCAUUAAAGAAGCCUUUGUCCUCAGUGACCUUUUUGACAUUGGGGAACUGGCAGCUGUUGAGCUUCUCCUUGCUGGUGAGCACCAGCAGCCACAUUUUCCCGGCCUCACCCGAGGGUUAGUGGCUGUUCUUUUAUACUGGGAUGGAAAGCGGUGCAUUGCAAAUUCCCUGAAAGCCUUGAUACAGUCUAGACGGGGGAAGACGUGGACCCUGGAGCUCAGUCCAGAGCUGGUUUCCAUGACAACACAUUUUACAGAUGAGCUGAUGGAGCAAGGAUUGACUUACAAAGUUCUUACCCUGGUGUCACAGAUUGAUGUGAACAAUGAGUUUGAGAAACUGCAGCGAGAGAGAGGCCUGGGCAGUGAAAAGCAUCGCAAAGAGGUCUCUGACCUCAUCAAGGAGUGCAGGCAGUCUCUGGCAGAAAGCCUGUUUGCCUGGGCUUGCCAGUCACCGUUGGGUAGAGAUGACACUCUGCUUCUCAUUGGGCAUUUGGAAAGAGUCACCGUUGAGGCGAAUGGCUCAUUGGAUGCAGUGAAUCUGGCUCUUCUCAUGGCCCUGCUGUACUGCUUCGAUAUCAGCUUCAUACUCCAGAGCACCGAGGAACGUGACGAUAUGCUCCACCAUUUUCCGCUUUUGACGGAGAGACAGUACAUUGCCACCAUUCAUUCUCGCCUUCAGGAUUCACAGCUGUGGAAGCUGCCCGGCCUGCAGGCCACUGUGAGGCUCUCCUGGGCACUGGCCCUGAGGGGCAUAUCCCAGCUGCCCGACGUGACAGCUCUGGCUGAGUUCACAGAAGCAGAUGAAGCCAUGGUGGAGCUUGCCAUUGCUGACAAUGUUUUCCUGUUCCUCACUGAAUCUGUGGUCACCUCAGAGAACUUCUACCAGGAGGAAUUUUACAUCCGCAGAGUCCAUAACCUCAUCACAGAUUUCCUCACACUUAUGCCAAUGAAGGUGAAGCAGUUGAGGAAUCGGGCAGAUGAAGAUGCUCGGAUGAUCCACAUGAGCACGCAGAUGGGAAACGAGCCUCCCAUUUCACUGCGAAGGGAUCUCGAACACUUGAUGCUCCUGAUAGGGGAGCUGUAUAAACGGAAUUCCUUUAAUUUGGAGCUUGCUCUGGAGUACUGGUGCCCCUCAGAGCCUCUUCAGACUCCCACAGUCAUGGGCUCGUACCUGGGAGUGGCUCACCAGCGACCACCUCAGCGCCAGGUUGUCUUAUCAAAGUUCGUUAGGCAAAUGGGUGACCUGUUGCCUCCAACUAUUUAUAUUCCUUAUUUGAAAAUGCUCCAGGGCUUGGCCAGUGGGCCCCAGUGUGCCCACUACUGCUUCAGUCUGCUCAAAGUCAACGGGAGCAGUCAUGUUGAGAACAUGCAGGGGACCGGGGGCAGUCCUGUCUCCUGGGAACAUUUCUUUCACUCCUUAAUGCUUUACCAUGAGCACCUCCGAAAGGAUCUGCCAAGUGCAGACAGCGUCCAGUACCGCCACCUUCCUUCUCGCGGCAUCACUCAGAAGGAGCAGGACGGACUGAUUGCCUUCUUACAGCUUACCUCCACCAUCAUUACCUGGAGUGAGAACGCGCGCUUGGCCCUCUGCGAGCACCCCCAGUGGACGCCCGUGGUCGUGAUUCUGGGGCUCCUGCAGUGCAGCAUCCCCCCUGUCCUGAAAGCCGAACUGCUCAAGACGCUCGCGGCUUUCGGGAAGUCACCUGAAAUCGCAGCUUCCCUCUGGCAGUCGUUGGAGUACACUCAGAUACUGCAGACCGUGAGGGCACCCAGUCAGAGGCAAGCUAUCGGAAUUGAGGUCGAACUGAAUGAAAUAGAGUCCCGGUGUGAAGAAUACCCCUUGACCCGGGCCUUUUGCCAGCUGCUUAGCACCCUGGUGGAGAGCUCCGCCCCUUCUAAUUUGGGUGCUGGACUGCGGCCCCCUGGCUUUGACCCCUACUUGCAGUUCCUCAGAGAUUCUGUGUUUCUUCGAUUCCGCACAAGAGCUUACCGGAGAGCAGCUGAAAAGUGGGAAGUUGCUGAGGUGGUUUUGGAGGUGUUUUAUAAACUGCUCAGAGACUACGAGCCUCAGCUUGAAGACUUUGUCGACCAGUUUGUGGAACUGCAAGGAGAAGAAAUCAUAGCCUAUAAGCCGCCUGGGUUCAGUCUGAUGUAUCAUCUUCUGAAUGAAUCACCGAUGUUGGAGCUCAUGCUUAGCUUACUGGAAGAGGGGGUGAAGCAGCUUGAUACCUACGCCCCUUUCCCUGGGAAGAAGCACUUGGAGAAAGCCGUUGAGCAUUGCCUGGCACUUCUUAAUCUUGCUCUGCAGAAGGACAACCUCUUUAUGGACCUUCUUCGAGAGAGUCAGCUGGCUCUGAUAGUGUCUCCCUUAGAACAGCUUUUACAGGGGAUCAAUCCCAGAACUAAGAAGGCAGAUAACGUGGUGAACAUUGCCAGGUGCCUCUGCCAUGGCAACACGAGUCCUGAGUUGGCGUUUGAAAGUGCCAAGAUCCUGUGCUGUAUCUCUUGCAACUCCAACAUUCAGAUAAAGUUGGUUGGAGAUUUCACACAUGACCAGAGUGUAAGUCAGAAGCUGAUGGCUGGGUUUGUGGAGUGUUUGGAUAAUGAAGAUGCAGAAGAAUUUGUACGUCUAGAGGAGGGGUCAGAAUUUGAAAAGAAAGUACUUCUAAUCCGUCACGAAACAAGAAUCCACAUCUUGAAUCUUCUCAUCACGUCUCUGGAGCGCAACCCACCCAACCUUGCACUGUACUUGUUGGGCUUUGAGUUAAAGAAACCUGUCAGUACCACCAACCUCCAAGACCCAGGAGUGCUGGGUUGCCCUCGGACAUGCCUUCAUGCCAUCUUAAACAUCUUGGAGAAAGGAACCAAGGGGAGAACUGGCCCGCUGGCUGUGAAGGAGUCUCCGCAGCUCGCCGAGCUGUGUUAUCAGUAUGAAAUAUCUAUGCUGAACCAGAUGUCCUGGCUCAUGAAGACUGCCUCAAUAGAGCUCAGGGUGACUUCUCUGAAUCGUCAGCGGUCACAUACCCAGAGGCUCCUGCACUUGUUGCUGGAUGACAUGCCAGUGAAGCCAUACUCAGAUGGUGAAGGAGGAAUAGAGGAUGAAAACAGGUCUAUCUCUGGGUUCCUUCACUUUGACGCUGCUACGAAAGUCCGUCGAAAAAUUCUCAGUAUUUUGGACUCAGUUGACUUCAGUCAGGAGAUCCCUGAGCCUCUGCAGCUGGAUUUCUUUGAUCGGGCCCAGGUGGAACAAGUUAUUGCGAAUUGUGAACACAAGAAUUUACGGGGACAGACAGUCUGCAAUGUGAAGCUGCUCCACAGAGUUCUUGUAGCCGAGGUCAAUGCCCUUCAGGGAAUGGCAGCCAUAGGACAGAGGCCUCUGCUGAUGGAGGAGAUCAGCACCAUCCUCCAGUAUGUGGUGGAAAGGAACAAACUCCUGCAGUGUCUUCACGCAAAGCGGCAUGCGCUAGAGUCGUGGCGGCAGCUGGUGGAGAUUAUCCUGACGGCCUGUCCCCAGGACCUCAUUCAGACAGAGGACCGGCAACUGAUCAUCCGUGACAUCUUACAAGACGUGCAUGAUAAGAUACUGGAUGACGAAGCAGCCCAGGAGUUAAUGCCUGUAGUGGCAGGCGUCGUGUUCACCCUGACUGCCCACCUCAGCCAGGCUGUCCGCACAGAACAGAAGCAGCCGCUGGUCUUAGGGUCCCGUGAGGUCCACUCGGUGUUUCUGCUUGAUGCAUCUCUCGCCUCGCCGCCUCCUGUGGAGAGCCCCGUGGUGGGCUUUGCUUCCAUUGGAGAUUCCUCACUUCACAUCAUACUGAAGAAGCUGUUAGACUUCAUUUUGAAGACAGGUGGUGGAUUCCAGCGUGUGAGGACUCACCUGUAUGGCUCUCUGCUCUAUUACUUACAGGUUGCCCAGAGACCGGAUGAACCAGAUACCUUAGAAACAGCCAAGAAAAGCAUGUGGGAGAGGCUGACAGCCCCUGAAGAUGUGUUUAGUAAGUUACAGCGAGAAAAUAUCGGCAUCAUCGAGAGCUACGGUGCCGCACUCAUGGAGGUGGUGUGUCGGGACGCCUGCGACGGCCAUGAGAUUGGCAGGAUGCUGGCCUUGGCGCUCCUGGACCGGAUUGUCUCUGUGGAUAAGCAGCAGCAGUGGCUCCUGUAUCUUUCCAACAGCGGCUACUUGAAGGUGCUCGUGGACAGCUUGGUGGAUGACGACCGGACCUUGCAGAGCCUGCUCACCCCACAGCCGCCUCUUCUCAAAGCCCUUUACACUUACGAGUCCAAGAUGGCGUUCCUCACCAGAGUGGCUAAGAUACAGCAGGGCGCUUUGGAGCUGCUGCGGGCCGGGGUCAUCGUGCAGCUUGCCCAGUGCCAAGUUUACGACAUGCGCCCAGAAAUGGACCCUCAGGGCAUGUUUGGCAUGAGAGACCCCCCGGUGUUCAUCCCCACCCCAGCGGAUCGGUACCGGCAGAUCCUCCUUCCUGCGCUGCAGCUGUGCCAGGUCAUCCUCACGUCGAGUAUGGUCCAACACCUGCAGGCAGCCUCACAGGUGUUGCAGUUUCUCAUUUCCCAUUCCGACACCAUCCAAGCAAUCCUGCGCUGUCAGGACGUGAGUGCGGGGUCUCUGCAGGAGUUGGCUCUGCUGACAGGAAUUAUCAGCAAGGCGGCACUGCCUGGUAUAGUAAGUGAACUUGACGUUGAUGUAAAUGAAGGAUCUUUAAUGGAAUUACAGGGACAUAUUGGACGAUUCCAGCGUCAGUGCUUAGGGCUGCUCAGUCGCUUUGGUGGCUCCGACAGGCUGCGUCAGUUUAAAUUUCAAGACGAUAACGUGGCAGCAGAUCGAGUGAGCAAAAAGGAUGAGAUUGAACUGGCCGUGCAGCAGAUCUGUGCCAACGUCAUGGAAUAUUGCCAGUCCCUCAUGUUGCAGAGCUCACCUACCUGUCAGCAUGCUGCCUGUCUCUUCACCCCCAGCCUUUCCGAGACCAUGAACAGAGACGGACCACGGCCAGAUCCCCAAGCUCCAGUGGUUCCGUAUUGGCGCCUGCCUGGCCUGGGCAUCAUUGUCCACCUGCUGAAGCAGAGUGCCAGUGACUUCUUCAGUUACUAUGACAGCCAUCGGCGGAGUGUCAACAAGCUUCAGAAUGUCGAGCAGCUGCCCCCAGACGAGAUAAAAGAGUUGUGCCAGUCUUUGCUGCCUGCUGGAGUCGAUAAAAUAUCCACUGCCCAGAAGUAUGUCCUGGCAAGACGGCGUUUGGUGAAGCUGAUCAACAAUGGCGCUAAGCUGCUUUCUCUCUGCUCCUUCAUCAUAGAGACCUGCCUGUUCAUUUUCUGGCGCCACCUGGAGUACUACCUGCUGCAUUGCACGCCCACCGACUCUCAGGAUGCCCUGUUUGCCUCUAGGACCUUACUUAAGAGCAGACGGCUACAAGAUCCCUUCGCCCCUGACACCAGCCUGGACUUCAGAAGUGGGCUGACUGUGGUGAGCCAACACGACGUAGACCAGCUGCAGACUGACUCCAUCAACGCGUUUGGAGAAUCACUGCAGAAGAAGCUACUGGACAUUGAAGGGCUGUAUUCCAAAGUCCGGUCUCGCCACAGUUUCAUACAAGCCCUGGUCAGACGCAUCCGCGGCCUGCUGAGGAGACCAAGGAACUGA